GAUUGUCGGUUGUAUGAUCUUAUUUUGAAUUGAGGAAUUGUAGUGCUAGCGUUGUUUUGUUCUCUGCUCUUAAAAAUAAAAAUCGUUUAGACUGUGUCAGUUUGAUUUUAAGCAUCGAGCGCGAAAUAUACAAAAUAAUCACUAAAACGGGCUUCCCAAAAAUAUGAUGUGGAAAAGUCAAAUUGUAUUGGCCCAUAUAUGUGGCCUUUUAUUAUGUUUGGGUCAAGUUAAGGGUAAUCCCAUCGGUGUUGGGAACAAGGAUGUGGCUGUAGAAUUUAUAAUUUUACACAACAAUGAUAUGCAUGCCCGUUUUGAACAGACCAGUGUAGACAGUGGUAAAUGUACACCCGAGCUAGCUAAUACCAAUAAAUGCUAUGGAGGCUUUGCUAGAGUAGCUCAUGAAGUACGUAAAUUUCGCCAAGAAGCUAAAGAAGGUGGUAAACCUGUAUUUUAUCUUAAUGCUGGUGACACAUACACAGGCACUCCCUGGUUUACCGUUUUCAAAGAUAACAUUACAGCGGCCUUUUUAAAUAAACUACAACCGGAUGCUAUAUCUUUAGGAAAUCAUGAAUUUGAUGAAAAUGUCGCCGGUUUAGCACCUUUCCUUAAUAAAGUCACUUUCCCCGUUUUGGCCACAAAUUUGGAUGUCAGCAAAGAGCCUGAACUAGCUAAAGCGAAACAUUUUUAUAAGUCCACAGUAUUAGAUGUGCGUGGUACAAAGGUGGGUGUUAUCGGUUAUCUAACGCCCGAAACUAAAGUUUUGACAGUUCCAAACGAAGUUGAAUUUUUGGAUGAAGUUGUUACCAUUAAUGAAGAAGCUGCACGACUUAAGAAUCUUGGUGUUAAUAUCAUCAUUGCUUUGGGACAUUCCGGUUACCUAAGAGAUCAAGAGAUUGCCAUGAAUUGUCCUGAAGUGGAUCUAGUGAUUGGUGGUCAUACUAAUACCUUCUUAUACAAUGGUGAACAACCCGAUGCCGAACGUAUUGAUGGUCCUUAUCCCACAGUAGUUAAACAGCACAGUGGCAAAGAAGUGCCUGUUGUCCAAGCCUACGCUUAUACCAAAUACUUGGGUAAAUUACAUGUUCAAUUUGAUAAAAAUGGCAAUCUAAUUGAAUUCGAUGGUACACCUAUACUCUUAAAUGCUGAAAUACCCAGAGAUGAUGAUCUCCUGGAAUUACUUGAAGUUUAUAGACCAAACAUUACCGCCUUAGAGUCGAAUGUUGUAGGUCACACAAAGGUGCAUUUGGAGGGACGUGCUGAAAUUUGUCGCAGUGGUGAAUGUAAUCUUGGUAAUUUAGUAGCUGACUCAAUGAUAUACGCAAGAAUAUUGGAAGAUUUGGGUGGUUCAUAUUGGACAGAUGCCCCGAUAGCUUUUAUACAGGGUGGUGGUAUUCGUAGCUCGAUUGAAAAACGUUCCGAUGGCUCGAUUCUUGCUACAGAUGUUCUGUCAGUACUUCCAUUCGGCAACGAUUUGUAUAUGACCAGAAUAACUGGUAAAACAAUUUUAAAGGCUUUGGAACGUUCUGCUUCUAUGGAGGCUAAAGACUCUAAUGGAGGAUUCCUUCAAAUGUCUGGAGUACACACAGUCUUUGACUACAACAAACCUAUUGGCAGUCGUGUUAUUUCAACACAUGUGCUUUGCUCUGAAUGUAAAGUGCCCGCUUAUGAGCCCUUGCAGCAGGACAAAUUUUACAAUGUUAUUGUACAAAAGUUUCUUAUUGAAGGCGGCGAUGGUCACACUUUUGUAGAGGAGAAUGGUAGUGAGCCCAUACGUUUACAGAAAAACGAUUUUGAUGCCUUAUUACAAUACUUGACCCAACGUGAAUUUGUUUACCCAGAAGUUGAAGAGAGAAUCACAAUAAUUGAGAAAAAGGAUGAUGGAGGAAAUGACGGAAAUGGUGGUAAUGAUGGUGGCAUGAUGACUGUGUCUAGCUCAAUCUUUUUGGUUGCAGUGAUGACACUAUUUACAAUUAAUUUUACCAACUAAAGUUAUAUUUUAAUCUAAUCAAGAAAAAUAAAAACAAAGAGCAAAAAAACUCAGGAACAUAUUUAUAAA